GUCGCGGCUCGCGAGUCGGGCGGCGCGCCGCCGCCGUGGCACUGGGGUCGGGGAUGCUCUCCCGCGGCGGAGCCCAGGCUGCCUGCCGGGAGGACCGAGCUUCUCUGACCGCCGCCGGGCCGGGAGCGUCUCGGGAAGCGGCACCACCGUUUCCCCUCCAUCUGUCCCCGUCUCGCUGUCUCCCCAGAAGUGACUGCCCGUCCCUUGCGUCGGGUUCUGAAGAACUUUUAGAGACGAUCUGGGCCUUGGAGCGGCCCCGGGGAUUGGACCCAGCCCAUGGAGAAGCGGCCUGAGCAGAUGUCCCCGGAGUGCCUGUGUCCAUCCCCCGAGCGGGAGCCUCGAAAGAGCAAGGUUCAAGGUGCAGCUCAGCGUCAUUCUCGGAGGUGGUCGCCCGCAGACCCCCUAGGACGGGUCGUCAUUCCUGACUGUGCUUUGAAGCAGGAUUAUCAUCUCUUUCCCAAGAUCUUGUCCAUGAUGGUGAGAAACCCUACGAGUGGCCUGAGGACCGAUUAAAAAGAAAACCAAUAAAGCAAAAAACUCUUGAAGUAGAGGUACGUCUACACGAAGGGGAUGCAUGUGAACAAGACAAACACAAGGGACCUUAUGCACGUGGACAAAACUUCACAAACAUCGCAGGCUUUAUCUGACAGCCACGGAAUUCUUAGGGAAGAGAAGUCUCAAAUGUGUAACCUUUGCGGGAAAUUAUUUAGGCGGACCUCACACCUGAUGCAGCACAAAAAAAAUCCACAUGCAAGAGAAACCUUAUGUGUGUCAGGAAUGUGGAAAAGCCUUUGGCCACAGUUCAAAUCUUAUGCAACAUCAAAGGAUUCACACUGAGGAGAAGCCCUAUGAAUGCAGUGAGUGCGGGAAGGCCUUCCGGCGCAGCUCACACCUCAUCCAGCACCAGAUAAUCCACACCGGAGAGAUGUCUUACACGUGUAAUGAAUGUGGAAAAGCUUUCGGUCGGAGCUCAAGUCUCAUUCGACAUCAAAGAAUCCAGACCCGGGAGAAACCCUAUGAAUGCGCCGAAUGUGGGAAGGCCUUCAGCCGGAGCUCAAAUCUAACAGAACAUCAGCGAGUUCACACCAAAGAGAGACCAUACGAAUGCAAUGACUGUGGGAAGACCUACAGUCGUAACUCACACCUCAUUGAACAUCAGAGAGUCCACACGGGGGAGACUCCUUAUGAUUGCAGGGAGUGUGGGAAAUCUUUCAGCGGGCGUUCGCUCCUUAUCAAGCAUCACAGAAUCCACACCGGAGAAAGACCUCUGUGAACGCAGCGAAUGUGGGAAGGCCUUUAGUCGGAACUCCCACCUUACUCAGCAUCAGAAGACUCACAGUGGAGAAAAAGCUUCUGAAUAUAAAGAAUGUGGGAAAGCCUUCAAAUGCAGUUCAUACCUUAUCGAUCACCUGGGAAUCCAUACACGAGAGAAACAGUGAACCAAGAGAAGGUGGUGGGGCCCUUGGUUAAGGUUCAGCAUCAGAGAACUCACGCUGGGGAGAAAACCUUUGGGUGCAGUGAGUGUGGACGGCCCUCAGUCCUGGUUCAACCUUACUAAGACCUGAAAAUCCACACAGUGGACACUUCUCAUGGCUGUGUUCAAUGCAUGAAAACCUUUAGGCCGAGUUCCCAGCUUAUGCAGCACCAGCAGGUUCACUUGGGAGGAAAGAUACGGAGAGAGCUUUGCCAUGUGUCGGGGAGAGGCAGGGAUGGGUCAUAGUAUAACACCAGGGAGGGGAUGACUAAAGUGGAACCUUUAGUUAGCAGCACUUUUUAUUUGAUUUCGAGUGUCUGUUUCAGAGGGAGGUUCCAUGGUCGGUUUUUCAAAUCUCCAUAGUCAUCCUCUGAAAAUGGAAUGAGUAGGUCUAUUCCAGGGAAGAAGGAAUUUGGAAAUUCAUCGAUGAGGAAAGCAUCAGGGUGACCUCUGAACCCAAUAGCUUUCCUUCUAACUCACCUGCCCUGUUGUCCUGUUUGUCGUAACGGUGCAAGGAAGCAGCUCUGGGUCCUCUUGGACCAGUGUCUUGCUCCUUGGUGUCCUGCAGAAUGCUGAAUCUCUCUUUGGUUUAUGUGACAUAAAUGCAUUUUAAUGGGCAGAUUUUCUAAGCCAAGUAAUUUCUCCGUGUAACAUGUCCCGCCAGGGCUUUGUCAUGUGUCAGCUCUGGUAGGCUGAACCGUGCUUGUCAGACUUCCCUUUCUUGCAUUUUUUGGUUGGCGUGGGCUACAUGGGAGGCUGGAGGGCAGAUAAGAAGCUGAGUUAUUUCGUGGCUCACACAUGUUGCGGAUCUGCUGACCCACCUUGCUGGAGCUGGGCCUGAAACUGGGCAGCCUUCCUCUGGAUCCUUGUUUGCCUGUACUGGGCCAGGGUUGUGUGUGUGUGUGUGUGUGUGUGUGUGUGCGCGCUCAUGGUUUUAUUUUCCUGAUUGAAUCCUAGUCAUACACGUGCUUACUAUCCUAUGACAAAUACACGUUUAUUUCAA